AUGAACGACUUCCCAGGCGCUCUGCCCAGCAGCGAGCGAUCAAGCAAAGUUGCGCUAUACGCCAUCCUGAUUUACAAGCACGAUGUAUCCAAGCCAGUGUUCCUCUCUGCGGCAGUGGACCUGUCGUCCUUCCCCUUCUUUCACCGCUCUUCCCUGAAGGAGCACAUAUUUUUCCACUCCAGGUUGGUAUGUAGCAGGACCCCCAAAGGGAACAGAGAAGUCAUUGAACUGGAAUCAGGAAUAGGACACAUGCACGUUUACACAAAUAAGGAUACGAAUGUGAGCGUACUAGUCCUGUCGACAAAGACAUACCCCCUACGAAUAGCAUUUGGACUUAUUGACACUGCGCAUAGACUCUUCCAACAAAAGUGUAGGGGUAAAUAUGAGCACGUAACGCAGGAUUUAAUGGAGGGGGCUUUAUUCACUAGCGACUUGCUAGACCUUUUAAAGAAAUACCAAAAUCCAUCUGAGGCGGAUAAAUUAUCGAGGGUACAAAAAGACCUAGAUGAAGUGAAGGACGUCAUGUUGAAAAACAUCGACGAUCUGUUACAGCGGGGGGAGAAGCUGGAUGACCUCAUGAAGAAGAGUCAGGACUUGUCCAAUUCGUCCUAUCAGUUCUACAGGCAAGCUAAGAAGAACAACCAAUGCUGCAAGCUAUACUGA